UUUCUCCAAUGGCGGCCCUUGGCGCCUUGCCUUUCGCACCUCCCCGGGAUACCAGGGGCGUGGCUUGGAACGGCUCUCCUGUUCCGGCCCAUAACCGUUGCUUGAAGCGGUUGGCUCCCAGUGUUAUCGAGUUAACUAGUUUGUUCGCCAGCUCAGUCAAGUUUUAAUUGCAUAGCGGAGAGGGUUGGUGCCCAGCUACGCGGCAGCGGCCAGGCAAGAAUUGUGUGAAAAAUGCCAACAAGGAAGUUUGCUGAUGAAGAAAUUGUGAUGGGCCGAUGGCCAGGAAGUGUUCUUUUUUAUGAAGUACAAGUGGCUAACUAUGACGACCGUACUCAUCUUUACACAGUAAAAUACAAAGAUGGAACUGAGCUUCAGCUGAAAGAAAAUGACAUGAGGUCGUUGUCUUCCUUUCGGUUUAGGAAAAGCAGCUCUUCCUCAGGUUCUCCAUCAAGACGCAGUGGCAGCCGAUCUAGAUCUGGCUCUAGAUCCCGUUCACCUGGACGGCCAGCAAAACAUAAACGCCGUUCUUCUUCUCAAAGCAGAGAGCUGAAAAAUGCUAAGAAGAAUACAACUGUGGAACCUAAUUUGAUUCCUUUGAAACUAUAUGAAAACAAUAUCAACCGCUAUAAUGGGGAACCAGAUAUCACUGAAGUGAAUUAUUCCUCUCUCAAAAUUUUACAGCAUGAAAGAAUUGAGUCAGAGAAUGUUCACUUGCAUCCCAGAAAAGAAGAGAAGAAAAUGGAAAAAUUGUAUGCAGAAGAGAGAAUUUUUGAGACCCCCAAAACUGUUGAAAGAUUAUGCAUGAAGACAAAGGAACUAGAGUUUGGGGGGAGAAUUGGUGCCUUCUUCAUGAUAUUUCUCAUGCCUGCAACUGUGUUUUUGUUGUUGUUAAUGUGCAAGCAGAAAGACCCUAGUGUUCUGAAUUUUCCUCCUCCCUUCCCAGCUUUUGAUAGCUUAUGGGAAACAAGAGUAUUUGGCAUUUUUCUUCUGUGGUUCUUUCUCCAAGCUCUGUUUUAUUUACUGUCCAUAGGAAAGGUUGUAGAAGGAACACCGCUUUUGAAUGGAAUUACACUUGCAUAUAGGAUAAAUGGAUUUUAUGCUUUUCUCCUAACAAUGGUGGCCUUAGGAAUAUGUCUGCAUUUUGAAGUGGAACUUUAUUAUUUAUACAACCAUUUCCUGCAGUUUGCGAUCAGUGCUACAGUUUUCUCUGUCAUGUUAAGCAUUUAUCUAUAUGUGCGUUCUCUGAAAUCAUCUGAGGAGGAAUUGUCACCUGGAGGGAAUUCUGGAAACAUAAUUUAUGACUUCUUUAUGGGGCGUGAAUUAAAUCCUCGCAUUGGAAAUUUUGACCUGAAAUACUUUUGUGAAUUACGACCAGGCCUAAUUGGCUGGGUUGUUAUUAACUUGACAAUGCUCCUGACUGAGAUGAAAGUACAUCAUCAGAGUAUGCCAUCUUUGUCAAUGAUACUAGUUAAUAGUUUCCAGCUCCUGUAUGUGGUGGAUGCUCUUUGGAACGAGGAAGCUAUUUUGACAACUAUGGACAUUACUCAUGAUGGGUUUGGAUUCAUGCUAGCAUUUGGAGACUUGGUCUGGGUUCCCUUUCUCUACAGUUUACAAGCCUUCUAUUUAGUGAAUCAUCCCUAUGAGCUUUCUUGGCCUGCAGCUUCAGCAAUUUUGACUCUGAAAUUUCUCGGUUAUUAUAUUUUCCGUGGUGCAAAUUCACAGAAAAAUUCAUUUCGGAGGAAUCCAAAGGAUCCAAAACUUGCACAUUUGAAAGUUAUUCCUACUGCAACUGGAAAGAACCUUCUGGUAUCUGGCUGGUGGGGCUUGGUGCGUCAUCCUAACUACCUAGGAGAUAUCCUCAUGGCUCUGGCGUGGUCCCUACCUUGUGGUUUUAAUCACAUUUUACCAUAUUUUUAUGUCAUAUACUUUAUUGGUUUGCUUAUUCAUCGAGAAGCCCGCGAUGAACGUCAAUGUAAGAAGAAAUAUGGCUUGGCAUGGGAAAAAUACUGUCAACGUGUACCAUACCGCAUAUUUCCAUACAUCUACUGAGCUUCUUCAAAAUCUCUGGAUGACAAAUACCUUUUGCAGUUAAAUCUUCCUUGAUAAACCAUGUACCUCAAACUGUUGCACUUGGUAUAUAUAUAAGUUCUGCUGGAUUUUCUGAAAGAUAUGUUCAGGUAGUGAUCUUGCAAAUAUCGUUACCAAUUGCCUUUAUUAGACAUAGCAUUUUCUAUUAACCAUCUGCCUCCUUCAUUACACAGUUCUGUUAAACAAUAAACUAGUUGUGUAGUGAGUGCAAAUGUUUUCAAGCAUUUUGUGCACCAUAUGAACUGGGUGCCUGAUAGAUAAUAUUCACUAUUAAUUCUGUAAAGUAGGAAAGAAAAGCCACUUGUGAGGGGACAAGGUCCUCCAUCCAGUUAAGUUAGAUAUACUGCACCUUCCUAAACAGGGUAGCGCUCAUUCCAUUUUACCUAAUUGACUUCCUCAGGCUAAUGCCACUAGUGACAUUGGAGUGAGGAGAUGGAACUUGCAAGGGGCCAACUCAGGAAGUCUCUCCUCUGCCCCUUUCUCCCUUGAGUACAUAUGGGCUUUCAUUUUAAGACAGAGUGACAAAUGCAGCAUGCCUGAUGGAUUUUUAUGUUAAGGUGAUGUUGUGCAUAUCGUAAUGCACUGUGCUGUGAACAAUACAUUCAUGUUGUAAAUCCAUGCAGCUCUUCUCAAGUUUCUCAGGCUUCAUGAUGUAGGCAUGUUGUACAAAUUAUGAAAUAAAAUAGGUGCAGUUAGCUUUUCUCCGUCUAUUAUAAACCAUUGCAUUGUACUAUAGCUUUUCUUUGUAACAUUUAAAUACGUUGUUGUACAGUAUAAGAUGCAGUAGUGUUUUUAGAACGGGAUGAUUUUUUUUAAACUUAAACCAUUUCCAGUAUUUUUUGAAAAAUUUUGUAAUGUAUUGCUGUGAAAUUAAUUUCAGCUAUUGAAGGACUUGGUGAAAUAUUGUAAAGUCAAAUACAUUAAAUUGAAAUUUAUUCAAAAUUUUUGUGAAUUUGGCAUGGCUACCUCAAAUGUAGGGUAUUUGCCUUUUAUACUGUUGCAAAUAGGAAAACUAUUUUUUCAAAUUGCUAUUUAAAUCAGUUUUUUUACAUGAAUCUGUGAUUAAAGUCAACCACUUUAAUGUAUUUUUGUAUAUGUAAGUUUUUCAUAGCUACAUACUCAGUGUUGAAAACUAUUAUUUGUAGUUUAACAUCUAUGCUUCUAUUGCAAUAGUAAAUUGAAAAAGGGCUAAUUGCCAUUUUAAUAUAUUCAAUUAGAAGGGAGAAAUAAUUUUGUAUAAAUUCAAUCUUUUAAAACCAGUUUUAUAGCUGAUAAAUUACCAACAUAAUUAACAAUGUGAAAAAAACACUUUAAUUUGAAUUUCUGUAUUUUACAUUUAUGAAUUUGUAGCAUAGUUCUUGUUAAAGCAGCAGUUUUAUUUUCAGUUUAAUAUAUAGUGCAGCAUUGCAUGGAGAGAUUCCCAUUUGGCAUGCCAGAACCCUGUUUUCUUCAAGCACGUGCUUAGGCACCAUGGCAGGACAUUAUGAGAUGCAAGAUCACAAUGGCAUCAUUCAUGUAUCUCUGUCCAGUACAUCCCUUCUGCUUGAUCAAUGAAUACCACCUCUUAAUGGCCAGUUUACAGAAGUGGGAGGGGGAAAGGAGCAAAGCUAGGGCUAUGUGUUAUCCUAUGGCUAUCCUGUUAUGCCCAGUAGAUCAUGUUCUUUAUUUUUUCCCCACUGCCUUAGUUACAGUAUAAAAUAACAAUAGUUUAAUUGUAUCUUGGAAAUGUACAUAUAAUAUAGCGCUUCUGGAAAUGAUCAUGACAGCUUUAUAUUGAUUUGAUUUUGUGUUUUUAAGCUUCUGAACAAAGCUUCAAAACAUCUAUAACUAUUUAGUUAGAGCAAAUGUACUACUUAAAACAAGCUGCUGCGAGCCAGUGUUUAAAAGUACUGCAUAACCAAGUUAAAACAUACCACUAUAUUCAGAAGAUCUGCUUUAAAGGAAAAUGCUUUCACGUGCCAGGGCUGUGGUUCCUGACUAAUAAAUGCAGUUUGUUAUGUUCAUUACUACAUUUCAAAUAUGUAGAAUAUACACUUUUGAUUGAACUUCUUAAAAAAAUGUAUAAUUAAAAUGCUGUUCAAAAAUU